CAGAAUAGGACCUCCGUCCUCUCCUACAGGAGGAGAGAAAGAGGAAAAUCCUGCUCUGCUAGCCGAGAAUUGUUUCAGGGAACUACUAGGACGUGCAACCUAUGGAAAUAUGAGUAACGCUGUCAGACCAGUUUUUGCGCAUUUAGACCACCAUAGACUAUGGGAUCCCAAUGAGUUUGCUGUUUCCUGCUUCAAAAUCAUCAUGUAUUCUAUACAGGCACAAUAUUCCCACCAUGUAAUACAAGAAAUUCUUGGACACCUUGAUGUUCGCAAAAGGGACUCCCCACGAGUUCGUGCUGGCAUUAUUCAGGUUCUGUUGGAAGCGGUUGCAAUAGCAGCCAAAGGGUCAAUAGGCCCAACGGUUCUGGAGGUUUUCAAUACCUUGUUGAAGCAUUUGCGCAUCAGUGUUGACUUUGAGCUGGGUGAUAGGCGCAGUUCAGCGGGAAGUGCCACUUGCAGCACAAGCUCCAAGGAGAGUGAUGAAAGGAUUGUCCAGAAUGCUAUUAUUCAAACAAUUGGAUUUUUUGGAAGCAAUCUCCCAGAUUACCAGAGAUCAGAGAUUAUGAUGUUCAUUAUGGGAAAAGUACCUGUUUUGGGGACAACUUCACAAUCACUGGAUACCAGUCACCUUGGAGAUUUGGGAACUAGGAGGAUUCAAAUCAUGUUAUUGAGAUCUUUACUUAUGGUGACUUCAGGAUACAAAGCAACAACGAUAACUAAUGCACUUCCUCCCCCGUUUCUGGACCCGUUAUUGUCUCCUUCACUCAUGGAAGACUCUGAGCUAAGGCAGCUGGUCUUGGAAAUACUGCAUAACCUCAUUGAUCGGCAUGACAACAGGGCAAAGCUCAGAGGGAUACGAAUAAUACCAGAUGUUUCUGAUCUAAAGAUAAAACGAGACAAAAUUUCAAGGCAAGAUGUGAGCUUCAUGAAAAAGCAUGGUCAGCAGUUAUACAGACACAUCUACUUAGGCUGUAAAGAAGAAGACAAUGUCCAAAAAAACUUUGAACUGCUGUUUACAUCUCUAGCUCUUACCACAAUUGAACUAGCCAAUGAAGAAGUGGUUAUUGACCUCAUUCGAUUAGCUAUUGCUUUGCAGGAUGUUGCCAUUAUCAAUGAGGAUAAUCUGCCAAUGUUUAAUCGUUGUGGUGUCAUGGCAUUGGUUGCAGCGUAUCUAAACUUUCUGAGCCAGAUGAUUGCAGUUCCUGCCUUUUGUCAGCAUGUCAGUAAGGUCAUCGAAACUAGAAGUCUGGAAGCACCUUAUUUUCUACCAGAAACAAUUUUCAAAGACAAAUGCAAUCUUCCAAAAUCUUUAGAGAAGCAUGAAAAAAAUUUUUUUUUCCUGACAAACAAGAUUGCAGAAUCAUUAGGAGGCAGUGGAUACAGUGUGGAAAGAUUGUCAGUUCCAUAUGUACCCCAGGUAACAG